AUGCAAGGACGGAAGGUGGCCCGUGAUCUGUAUCGUCAGAGAUACAACGCACACUGGAACGAAGCUGGCGUUGACGUCGUUCUGGCGCCUGUCACCCCAAGCACCGCUCCUCCGCUAGGCGCAACUCCAUAUUGGGGAUACACUGCUGUUUGGAACCUGCUCCAGUACCCGGCCAUUGCAUUCCCGGCGACAAAUUUCUUCAAGGACUGGAACGCCGUUAGCCUUUCUGGGGAGACUUAUACACCAACCAAUGAGCAAGAGGCGUCAAUGCUUCGUGACUACUCGCCGACAACGGCCAAGGGUAUGCCGGUAGGACUGCAGGUUGUAGCCAAACCCAUGCAUGAGGCCAUGUUGCUGCAGGCGGCGAGGAUCAUUGAGGAAGCACUGGCUUAG